AAGCUGUUUGCUUCAUUGCCCACCAUGCCGCCAAAGUCAAAGGCCGCGGCCAAACGGCCAGCAUCCCAGGCACUCCGGAAAAAGGGCAAUGUAAAGAAUGCAGCUGUUUCAGCAAAGAAGCUCCGCGAAUUGGAACAAGUAAGGAAGGUCAAAGAGCCUUUCUUGGACAUGUUCGUGGAGGCUCUGACCAAGGGCGACCCAGACCCCAGUGAGCUGGCGUGGCAUUUGAGCUGGAGGUGUUCCAACCCCCGCCGCUACGAUGCUCCAGCCGCGUGCUCCCUGAUGCUUUUCAGCGAGGCAUUGCCUGGCCAUGUGAACUUGUGCGAUGUCCUCGAGGCUAUUGACUAUCACCAAGCGAUCCGCAAGCACAUCGGUGACGAGCGUUGGGAGGAAAGGCGUGUCCGCGCUGAUGAACUUCUGCAGAAGCUCCAAGGUGCAAAGGUAUCUCCUCGGAGCUUCUCCCUUCUCCACAGGGCAGUCAGCGUGGCAUGCGCGAAGAAAGAUGGUCCUUCAGAAGAGCUGAAAGCUCUCUCAUCGGCCACCUCAAAAGCAGUAUGCGACAAAGACCCUGAGGGCGCGUGCCCUAUUUGCCUCGCGGGAUGGAGAGCAGAUGACAGUGUCUUGGUGCUAUCCUGCAACCACGUGUUGCACGUUGACUGCUUUUGGAAAAUGAUCACAGCAGCUGGUUCUGAUGCCUUGCGAGGGCGGUGCCGAGUUUGUCGAGCGCCAGUCCAUUGGGGCCCGGUAGCACGCAGUAACUUGCGUUGCAUCUUGGCAAGCGCGCUGGCAGCCGCGCUGGUGCGGCAGCAACAGGCUGGAGGUGGAUUAUCGCAGUCCGACGUGGCAGAGUAUUGCUCCCGCGUAAGCGAGGAAAUUGGCGAAUCUUUCCACGACAUUUGGACGGAAGUUCCGUAUCAGCUCUUGAAGGUCAGACAGAAGGCGCUGCCAAAUAGCGAAAUGGCCAACUUGCAAAGAUUGUUCAGCACACCCUUUUUACGAUGAACUUAAAGAUCUAGAAUUGUAAAA